CCUUUUAAAAACAAUAUGUUUUGUUCUAGACAUGCCAACGAUUCAGUGUUCUCCUCCCAAAUGUGAGUCAGGAUGUCAGAUAGAUUAUAAUGCCAGACCAUGCCCCAGUUGUGCUUGUGGAAAUCAAAACAUGCCAACGAUUCAGUGUUCUCCUCCUAAAUGCGAGUCAGGAUGUCAGAUAGAUUAUAAUGCCGGACCAUGCCCUAGUUGUGUUUGUGGAAAUCAAAACAUUCCAAUGAUUCAGUGUUCCCCUCCUAAAUGUCAGUCAGGAUGCCAAAUUGAUUAUAAUGCCAGGCCAUGCCCGAGUUGCGAAUGCAGAAAACAGAACAUUCCAAUUAUUCAGUGUUCUCCACCUAAAUGUGAUUCAGGAUGUCAAAUUGAUUAUAAUGCCAGACCAUGUCCCAUUUGUGUUUGUGGAAUUCAAGAUAAGCCUACUGUUCUUUGUUCGCCUCCAAAGUGCGAGUCUGGUUGCCAUAUUGACUCUAACACUAAACCCUGUCCCAGUUGUAUUUGCGGAACGGCACCAAUUGUUCCACCUGUUCUGUGCUCACCUCCAAAAUGUGAAUCAGGCUGUCAUAUUGACUACAAUAGUAAACCUUGCCCUAGUUGUGUUUGCGGAACUGCACCAAUUCAGUGUUCUCCUCCUAAGUGUGAUUCAGGGUGCGAAGUAGAUUAUAAUGCUCAACCAUGUCCAACUUGUGCCUGCAAAGAACAGGUUGAUUCUGCCUUGCAAUGUUCACCAGUGAAAUGUGACAUUGGUUGUGAAAUUGAUUACUCGACAAAACCAUGCCCAAGUUGUAAAUGCAGCUCUGAUUCUGCUUUACAAUGUUCACCCGUGAAAUGCGACGUUGGUUGUGAAACUGAAUAUUCAACAAAACCAUGCCCAAGCUGUAAAUGUGGUGUUCUGUGUAGUCCUGUAAGAUGUGGACCUGGUUGUCAAGUUGAUUAUAACUCCAGACCUUGUCCUAGCUGCAAAUGUGACAGUAAGUCCUUUUCAGAACUUUUUAAAAUAUUAAAAAUGAAAAAUAAUGCUCUUUCUUUAUAUGUAGAUAAGAAUUAUGGUAGCAAGAGGUUGAAGGGCAUUGAAAUUAAAUAGAAUCCCGUAUAAUGAAAAACGUAAUACACAUUUAUGUGGUAAAUGAGACAAGUUAUAGUUUUUGACUAAUAGUAAACUGAGUAGUUUAUGGUGUGUUUCUCAACAAGAGAGUUCCCUCUCUUAAUAACUACUAU